AUCCAACACCAAACAAACAUUUUGACUCUCGAGGAUUGCCCAAGCAAAGAAGAGGGAAGGGGAAAAAGGGGUCUCCACUUGGUGUCUGGGAUUCCAUGCAACCACGGUUGAGCUGCAUCUGCCCAGGCGUCCAAAAUACGACGGCAACACGCAACGCUCUAGGAAAGGAAAGCUGAUCUCUGUUGCCGAGUAUAAGUGGUCUUUUUUUUUUUUCCCCUUUAUAAAGAUAAUGGAGGCCGAUUCCGAGUCGUCCAUGAGGGGUCCUCGUCCACUUGGCGUCGUGAUCAAGCUGGGAACCAGCUCCAUCGUCGACGAGAAGAGCCAUGAACCCUUGCUCUCCAUCUUGACGUUGAUCGUCGAGACAGCAGUCAAACUCAGAAAAGAUGGCCACAGAGUCAUUAUUGUGUCUUCAGGAGCCAUCGGUGUUGGUCUCCGGAGAAUGGACGUAGAAAAGAGACCAAAGCAUCUUUCCAAACUACAGGCUCUGGCAGCCAUUGGCCAAUGCAGGCUCAUGAGCCUGUGGGACAGCCUGUUCAACCACCUCAGACAGCCCAUCGCCCAGAUUCUUCUUACAAGGAAUGAUAUCGCUGAUCGAUCACGCUACCUCAACGCCCAAAGAACAAUCAACGAGCUCCUCGACAUGGGCGUCAUCCCCAUCGUCAACGAAAACGACACCCUCGCCGUCUCCGAGAUCAAAUUCGGUGACAACGACACCCUCUCCGCCGUCACAGCCGCCAUGGUCCACGCCGAUUUGUUGUUCCUCAUGACAGACGUCGACUGCCUCUACGACAAGAACCCCCGGACGAACCCAGACGCCCAACCAAUCGAAGUAGUAGAGGACAUCUCCUCCCUCGUAGCAGACGUCUCAACGGCCGGCUCCUCCCUCGGGACGGGGGGAAUGUCCACCAAGAUCGUCGCUGCCAGACUGGCCACCUCGGCGGGGGUGACAACAGUCAUUACCAAAUCAUCCAACCCGGGGAACAUUGUCAACAUUGUCAAAUACAUCCAGUCCUCCCGGUCCCCCGGCUCUCCGUCCAAAUCCGGCUCCGACUCGGAGGAGGGCGACACUCCAGAAAUCAUGUCCUCCUCCACCUCCUCCCUCAAGAAACCAGCCAUCCCCCUCCACACCCGCUUCCUUCCCUCCCCUCACCCAGUCAGGGAUCGCUACUUCUGGAUCCUGCACGGUUUACGCCCCCACGGCACGUUGUUCAUCGACACGGGCUGCUACAAGGCCCUUUUGAACAAAGCCGGUCUUUUACCCGUCGGAGUUGUCGACGUGGAGGGGACUUUCCACCAGCAGGAAGCGGUCCGGAUCUGUGUCGUGGAUAAGAAACACCCUGGGCAGCAACCGCAGGAAGUGGGGAGGUGUCUGACGAAUUAUUCGAGCGCGGAGGUGAGCAGGAUCAAGGGGAAGCACACGAGUGAGAUUCCGGGGUUGUUGGGGUACAUGGACAGCGAGUAUGUCGCGCAGAGGGAGAGCAUCAGUUUUUUCAGCGGGUUUCACGGCGGGGGGGUGAGCAGGCCGGUUACGCCGGUGGGGAGUGGGGUUAACCUGGCGGGGAUGGUGACGCCCAAGAGGAGGGGGGCGGGGACGCCGGCGCAGGAGGAGAGGAGGUUGGAGGCGGAGGAUAAGGAGUUGGAGGAGGAGGGGUUGGUCAUGAGGGGGAAGAAGGAGGAGGGGCAGCAGGUUAGGUUUGUGGAGGAGGUCAAGAUUGUGGGGGAGGAGGGUAAGUAG